AUGGUUUACGUGGAAUGUAGUAGAGAAGUAGGACAUGGUAGCAUAGCAGAAGAUGCUGGACAUCACCACAACAUUGUUGAUUGUCAUCAUAAUCUCAAGAAAAAGCCUAAAGAUACAGCUGGUAGAGGUGUGAGUAAAGUCAGCUCCAUCCUCACUGAAGAAUUACCCAGUAAGAAUGUGUACAUUCCUCCUCAUAAGAGAGUCCCAAAUGUGCACGGGCAGUAUGUAGCCAGGGAAAACAGACCUACUAACAAUAAAGACAUUAGCCCCCCAUCCAGCCACUUGUAUCAAAAUUGUAAAGAGACACCCAGAACCUGGAGAGAAGAAAGGAGUCACCUGGAUGGGUCAUUAGAUAUAGGAAGUAGUGAAGUGUCAUACUGGAGAACGCAACAAAAUAGGAUGCUCUCAUGUCCCACAACCUUAGAGCAUAAUUCUAAUGCACACAACAUUAAAAAGUCAUUUGCUUCUAUGCACUAUGAAUUACACCAACAGCAAGAUGGCCAGGGACAACAUACUUUAACAGAACUGAGUCAGAGUGGCAAUGCUUCAGAGGAUGAGCCUUCAGGGUGUGAUUUAUUUCUGGCAUCCAGCUCGGAAGAUUCAACCCCCACCUCUAGGCCCUACAGGUUUAACGAUCAGAAGCAGACCAUGGACAGAUACCCUGACACUGGUACACUGGACUGGAGAUCAGCCCUGCUGGAGAGAUGUAACGUCUAUGGUGUGGGCUACAUAGAUUCACACUGUCACAUCGACUUUCUCUUCAACAGGCUUGAUUUCAAGGGCAGAUGGUCGGAUUUUCGAGUGCAGAACAUGAAAACGUUCCCUUCAAGUUACCUUGGAUGUGUAGCAGUUUUCUGUAAUCCAAACAGUUUUAAACAAGAGGGACUCUGGAGGAGUUUAAGUAAAGAGGAAAAUGUUUGGUUAACAUUUGGAUGUCAUCCGAAAAAUGCACGCGACUUCACCAAAUGGAAUUUGGAAGGCUUGAGAAAGUGUCUGCUAAAUAGCCGAGUAGUGGCAUUGGGGGAAAUAGGCUUGGAUUACUCUGGAGUAUUUGUUGAGACCAAAGAACUCCAGAAAUCAGUAUUUAAGAAGCAGAUUAGGAUGGCCCUGGACAUGAGGAAACCCCUGGUCAUCCACUGUAGGGAGGCAGAAGAGGAUUGUCUGGACAUCCUCAAACAGAUGGUACCUAGACUUUACAAAAUCCACUGUCAUUGUUUCACUGGAGAUUUCACAUCUGCCAAACUUUGGUUGGAUUACUUCCCCAAUCUGUACAUUGGCCUUACCCCCCUGGUAACAUACAGAACAGCCAAGGGAGCACGUGAUGUGGCCAAGUUCAUCCCUCUUAAAAGGUUACUGCUAGAGAGUGAUGCACCUUACUUUGUCCCAAGAACAAUUCCAAAGGAGUCCAUGAAUUAUUCUCACCCAGGGCUGUGUGUCACAGUGGCAGAGGAAGUGGCUCGACUUAAAAACAUCUCAGUACAGGAAGUUCUUAAAGCCUGCCUAGAGAACACUAGAGACAUGUACAAAAUCUAACUCAACAAAUUAGUGAACAGCAACUGGAAAUAAAGGACAGUUAAUUAAUAGCAAAUUAUACAUACUAGAUGGAUUCAUUGUAAAGCAGAUCAACUGAAGUGUGUUCUAUCCUUGUACAUGUAGAAUUCUCCAUCAGAUUAAGUAAUAAAGUCUAGGUAUGUUUUAAGAA